GGGGAGGCGGCUGCGGGCGGCGGCAACUCCAGCAGCGACGACGCCCUAGUGACGCGCAUCUCCAGCCUGCUCCGCGACCUGCCCACCCUGAAGGCGGCCGUGAUCGUGGUGUGCGCCUUCACCGCUCUGCUCAUCGCCUGCCUGCUGCUGCGCGUCUUCAGGUCGGGAAAGAGGUUGAAGAAGACACGAAAGUAUGAUAUCAUCACCACUCCGGCCGAGCGAGUGGAAAUGGCCCCGCUGAAUGACGAGGAUGACGACGACGAGGACUCCACAGUAUUCGACAUCAAAUACAGGUAAAACCUGUUUUCCAUCUUGUUGGCAUCCUGUGGAAAGUUGGUCUGCUGCAGCCCAGGGUGUGAAGGUCUGGAAGCCAUCUUGUCCGAGGUGUUGAAACCAAAACAAACAUUAUUUAUGAAACUGGCACCUUUUUGUGUGUUGAAUAUCUGCUCAGAAUGUCACCACAGGGGAGUCGCCUCUACCACCCUCCGGACGCCACUUUAAAAUGUCAACCCUUCUUCCUCCUCGAGAGGGUUUUUGCCUUGCUAAGGGGCAAAGGGUACCAACACGUUGGUUUUAAAAAACAGUAAUUUGAAGUCAACUGUUGACAAAAGUAAAAGAGAUCAGAAGUUAUCAAGAACCCGAAAAAAGCCUGAAGGACAUCCACCUGCAUGUUUGGGACUUCUGACGUCUGCUGUCCUGGGUCUACGACGUUGUAGACAUCUGACCCCUUGGUGGUCUUCUGGGCUUGGUCAAGUUCUGGCCUUACGUUGCUGAUGGCCAUGUGAAAGUUCAAAGUGAAAGUGCUCAGAGGUGGUCAGCACCUAGUGGACGUGCACACACUGGUCACUCCUUUCCUUUUUAAAAAAAUAUUCAGCACAAUUAGGCAUGGCUAGUUCACAAAGCAUUUUGAAUAUCAGGGGGAAAUGUGUGUGUGUGUGCGUGUACAUAGGAAAUAUUUUCUCCUCUGAGGGGGAAAAGAAAGCACCAGGCAGCCUUUGGUUAGUCACAUCCUUCUUGUGUUUCUCUGCCUGUCAUAGCUCUUACAUUGUCGGUCUUAGAAAUCUAAGCUUAGAAUUUCACUGUGGCAAUUUAAAUGAAUGAUGAUUUGGUUGGUUGAAAACGCGUACUGUCUUGGGCUAUAUUUGAAGUUGGGGUAGGCCAGGCUGGACUAGAAACCCACUGGACCCAGGAGGAAACUGCAGGAAGGCCGUCCCCACGGAUGUAGGUUAGGGGUUGAGGUGGCUUCUGGCAGCAGGGACUUGGGCCGGACUCUCAGGUUGAUAGUGGCCUGUUCCGCUGUUUGCCCAGAGCCAAUGCUUCUGCUAAAGUCCACUGGCAGAGUGCCUUUGGGCCCUGGGACUCUGUUCUUUCUGGAAAGGUUUUUUUGUACUUUUUUAUUUCCUUUUUUCUUUUCUGGCAUUCUGCAGGGUUUGUGUCUUUGCCUGUUAGUUGUCUGCACCAUUGCUUUGCAUGAAAAGAAUGGCCAUUCCCGACUCACCCUUAUUUUCAGGUUUUUCAGUAUCCCAAGAAGGGGCUGCUGGAGCUGCAGGGUCCCCUGGUGGUCCAUAGGAAGGCAUGUUGGCCUCUGCAGGAAAGAGGGGACUGCUGGGCAGAUCACUCUGAGAUGCUGCUGAACGGAGAGCUUGUCUGGCCGGCUCCUCCCUGAUUUCAUUUCCUUUGUUGACUUUCCUUUCCCUUUUCUCUGUCUUGUUUGCCAGAGGGGCAGGCCUGCUUUACCUCUCCCCUCCACAGUGUCCUCAUGGGCCAGACUGGUGACUACAGGGGACGGGCCACCUAGCAGCGGUGCGCCCUCCGAACCUUUGAACUGGAAUUGCCCUCGCACUUGCCUUUUUUGACAGCUGCAGCUGAGUGAUUUGCGGGAAAGCUGGCUUCCUCUGCCUUAUGCACAAACACUGGCUCUCCUGCCAGGUGCUCGCCAAUGGGCCUGGCAGAAGUGGCCGAAAAUGACCUUCCAAAUUCUGGAGCUUCAACACUGUAGGCUCUUAGGCUCUGAAAUUAAAAACAAAAAACAAAAAACAAACCCUUUGCUGUGAAUCAUGUGUGCACAGUUUGGAUGUUUUGUGAGAUGGAGCCCAGCAAGGUGCCUUUUGGUGAUCAGG